AUGGAAAUAUUGCGGUCUGUGCAGCAAGCAGGUUACGUCGACUGUGUUUGUCGGUGGUUGUGGCGUCGGUCGGAUCUUUGGAUUGCACACGGGACUUUGAACGUUUGCAAUGGAUUCAAGGUUACGUAUGACGUCGCCGGUGGACCUGCAAUUCGUACGCAUGGAUGUGGUCUCUACGGA